AUGAUGAGCCUCACGGAUAAGGACAGUGCUCGUAGCAAGAGGGAUGCGCCGGCCUCGUUUGCUGUGCCAGUCUCAGUAUCAUCGAGUACGAUGCACACUCGAGGCUCGAGUACUCAACAAAAUGAUCCAAUAGAGGAACAUUCCGAUAGCGCCGAAGAUGUCGACAAGUCUAUUUCCAAGGGAGGAGUCACGACUCCCUUUCCUUGGAAGCUACACGAGAUGUUGGACGACAUGGCCGAAAACAACGACAAUGCAGUUGUGUGCUGGCAGCCUCACGGUAGGGCUUUUAUGGUGCACAGUACCAAGGAAUUUGUGAAUCGCAUCAUGCCAAACUAUUUCAAUCAGACCAAGUACGCCUCCUUUCAGCGUCAACUGAACUUGUACGGCUUUUCUCGUCUCAGUCAUGGCAAAGACAAGGGGGCUUAUUUCCAUCCCUGCUUUGUCAGGGGACAGCGAAACUUGUGCCGCAACAUGAUUCGCCAAAAGAUCAAGGGCACCAAAGUUCGAAGGUCUCUCUCGGCAGAUGAAGAGCCAAACUUUUACGAUCCUCAACAAUACCAGGAUAAGAGCCGACCUACCACUAUGUCAGCACCUCCUGUGACCCCCGAAGUGCAAAAGACAACCAAGUCUCGCACAAGUCCUUCCCGAGUCUGGUCUAACAAGAUGAGAAAGAAGGAGGAUAUUCAACCGUCUACUGCUAGUUCUCCCGCAACACAACCAAUACAAACAUCGCUAGUAUCACUUAUGAGGGAAGGCGCUCCCGCUGAUCGAACUGCUUUGCCAGUGUUGCCACCCCCACCAGUCAUUCGGCAGCUCUAUACCCUUCCUUCCGAUCCCACCAAGUCUCUUCAACACUUAUACCACGCUGGAGCAUCCAGCGCAGUCAAGGGGGGCGAUCUGCUCUACUUUGAAGGCCAGCCAUUUCGAUAUCUAGAGCACAUUGAUGAAGUUCCAUCGCUACCACCCGCCUCGAGUACUCUUCAUGACAUGAUCUCUUCGAUUGUCAAGAUGGAGAACCAGUGGCCUCAAGCAGCGCCACGACGACAGACGGGACAAGAGCUGUACUCUCGAUAG